AUGGAGCAAACCGAAGAAGCUAGUUUGGAAGAGCGCUUGAAAUCCGCUUUGUGGUUGUCGAUUGGCAAGAUCGUGGAUGAAGAGACCAUCAGGCUAGGCGUCAAUGCGACACCACAGUUCAUUGGCGCAUUGACAGAGAUGGUGUGGGCUCAGAUCGAAACGGUCAGCCAAGAUCUAGAAUCCUUUGCAAAACACGCAGGGCGAUCUACUGUCAACGUGUCCGAUGUCAUGCUGCUCGCUCGUCGCAACGAGGGGCUGGAUUCGAUCCUCAAAGCAUUCGUGGAGCAAGAGAAAGAGAAGCAGCGCCAGGAAGAUUCCUGA